GGAAGAAUCAUACGAACCUAAGCCACAGACACACACCCACUCAUCUGACUUCUCCAAGUGACUGAUUUAGACUUCAUGUUAGACAGGAAUAAGACUGAUUAGUCUCCUAAGGUCAGUCCACCAUUCACAAAUGCCACAAUCUGCACAGCAAUACAUCUUAAAUGCAAACAUACAGUUUAAAGGCAAGGAAAUCUGAACAUAGUGAAAGGGUGGAUAGGAAAACGACGGAAAGUCCAGCUGAAGAAUCAUGGAGGAGGACAUCAGGAGAAAAGGAAUGCUUUACCUUCACCAGCAACGCUUUGGCAAGAGAUGGAGGAAGGUGUGGUGUGUGGUGGUGGCAGAAGGCAGGCGCAAUGUGGCACGGUUGGAGCUGUAUGAGCACAAAUAUAUGUCCUUCAAGGAGGGCUCCAGCAAGCGCAAACCUGAUUACAAAUGGGUGAUCAUACUGAGAGAAUGCAUCCGGAUAUCAGAAAACGACAUGGCUGACCGCCCUAAAGACUGCACCACCUUUCUUCUGGAAACCUCAGAGAAACUUUAUGUGUUUGCUGCUCACCAUUCAGAGGUGAAAGGCUGGAUCAUGAGCCUGUGUGAGCAGGCGUUCCCUGACACACAGUCUGAACAAAAAUUACGAAGACAGAGUAGCACCUACUCUGAGUCUGCGAGCAGUUACAGGGAGAUGCAAGAAAACACUCUCUAUGAGACAGCAGACAGCAUUCGAGAUUUUCUGGUUAUAGCAGUGGGAACAGAGGCUGCACUUCGGUGUAAUCUGUAUGGGGAAUAUAUCCUUACUCCACAGCCUGAUUGCUUACUGCUGAAGCACUAUAAAACUAAGGAGGUGCUUUUCAAAUGGCCAUAUUGCUACGUUAGAAAGUUUGGACAAGACACGCUGUCUUUCUCCUUUGAGGCGGGCCGCAGAUGUGAUUCUGGGGAGGGGAAUUUCGAGUUUGCAACUCAUCAAGGUGAAAGGCUGUUCAAUGUUGUCAGUGCAGCCAUUCAUAAUCUACCCAGAUCCUCCACAGCACAUCAAAGCAGCAUUGACCAUGUAGACCAAAGUAUAGUCCAAGAAACUGCAACCACAGAUGAAAUCUAUGAUGACACCACAGUCGCCCUAAGUCUCAAACAAUCUGACUGUUUACCUGACAGCAAUCUGCAGAGUGCGGUUCAGAAACAGCAUCCACCAAUGCUCAACCCCGCUUUGAGGAGCUUUUCUUUGAAUGCAAUAGAUCCACAAAACAAAAGUCAAGUGACAAGCAUAAAUUCUUACCUUGAGAAUCAGGAACCAGUGUACGCCACAGUGUCAAAAGCUACUUCCCCUACAGACCCUAAAAUGCACUGGCAAAACUUAAGAAAAGAUCUCCAUGAUUCUGCAUCUUUUCGAGACUCUUUCAAAGCCGACUCUGUCAUAUCACAGUCAUCUGCUCUUGCGGUCCCCCAUGAAGAAACAGUGACUGAAGAUCCGACUGACUUGUUGGGUGAUUCCAUCCACCAAUUAGCAAUUGAUGAUGCAUUAAAAAACAUCAGUGCAGAAGCAAUUUACGCAGAGCCACAGGACUACCAAUUCAAAGCUGAGUGGGAUGUCAGCGCUGUUUAUGAUGAACCAAAGGAGGUCAUCAUGGCCAAUCAAAGAUCUCAUGAUGGGGCAGAUCACAUAGCUGAACAUUACUUUUUCUACAGUCCUGACAUUGCCUCUUCACAGGCCAUGGCUUCCCAAUCCAAUCCCAAUCAAAGCUCGGCUGAGACAUUUUCAACUUAUGACAAUUUUAAGUUAAAGGGGAGGCGAAUAUAACAUGGUGUGAUAAUUUCCUUAAAAUCAAAUCUAAGGGGGGAAUACGCUACUAAUGAUUUGAUUGAUAAUUGAUAAUUGAAUUGAUAGCAUGGUUUAUUCUUUCUGGUCUCAUAGAAUCAUGUUACUGUAUAUGAUUUUUACAUUGCUAGUUGUUUUAUGUAUCUCAGUAGUUUCCUGGUGAAAUAAACACUAGAGGUGCUACAACAAUGACUUUUAUUCCCUUUCACACAAAUCACAAGUUAACGGCAAAAUAUCAGUUCAUAAACUUACUUUUUGACCUGUUCCUCACACAAUGCUGUCUUAUGACAUCUAAGCACUUUUAAUAUAGCGCUUGACUUGUAAAGCUAUACAUUUAAACACUUGCAUUACAUAAACAACUACUUUUAAAAGGUUAUUAAAUUGUGCAGUAGCUAAACAAUAAAGCAUUUUGAGCAUUAACCUUAAAAACCUUAUCUCUUUGGGAAUUUUUCUUUACUCCCUUUUAGUGCCACACAGUGGACAUUUCACCUUGAAACUGCUGGGAUACAUGUAAUGAACCAUCUAAUAUAAUUUUGUAAAAAUGUUGCCACGGUCACUUCAUUUUCAUGAGAUCAUGCUGUGUUUAUGAGCAUGCGCUGUCUGUACUAUUUUAACAGCCAUAUUUUUAUUUUUUUUAAAGGAAUUAUGCAAUUCAGGUAAAGGUGCAAAAACAGCCAAAACCUGCAGUGCAGUCACCUGAAUUAGCUCAAAACUGUGCUCAACUACAGCACACAUCUGAAUAAUUGCUGGUUAUAGCAAUCAUUUAAUCAUCAUUUGAUAAAUUACUGCUGCCAUGAUCGUUAAAAAAUAUGCACAUUCAAAUGUCCCUUUUAAAAGAAUUCUGUUUUCCAGCGCAAUUCUAGUGUAUAGUUAAUUGCGCCAGGAACUUUAAAUGUAAUUUAAUUUAAAUACACCGCUAUAUUUCAGCACAUUUAGCACCUGUUUAAACUGGAUUGUGAGUGGUUAGAAAAUAAGAUUUUCUUUUUUUGCACUAAAAUAUUGCACACUAAAGUGACGCAAAUGUUUAGUGAAUUCGCCCCUGAUCCUCUUUGCUUGAUCCUCUUCUGUCAUUUCAUCUAUCCUGCCUUUCCCUUCAACGGCUCUUCCUGGAAAUCUAUGAUUGCUAACCUGAGAAAUUUGGAAGAAAUCUGCUUGUCUGAGUUAGUGGUACACACAUUGGUGGCAGUUCAGACUGAAGGGGGCUUUUUCAGUUCAGACUGAUUUAAUUGACAGUGCGAGGGGACCUGCGGCUUGAAGCUGAUUGGGAUCCCGACCUGCCUGAGAAUGAAGAAGUCACAGCGCCCCAUUCAUCUAGUGCUGUCUGUCAUUCUCUUUGUAGAGAUAGAUGCCUGCUGUACCUGACCAGUGCGCAAUGGUGUGGGAUGGAGUGCCUUAAUUUAAUACAUUUUACACUCAAAAAGUGUGUUUUCAUUUAAUCAGAGGACAAUUAUUAUAAGUAGGCUGAUUGUAAGAGUAAAAGUGGUAAUCAUGUUUUACUAAAUGAUGUAUUGCAAUUGAAAUAACAUGUUAUUGAGAGCCAAUCACCUUCUCCAAUGAUAUCUAAGCCAUAAAGAGAUCAUACCAAGGGUUCAAGGUUUGGCUGGCUAGCAAGACCUGUUAGUCCCUGCUGGUAAAUACUGUAACUGCAGCAUUAUACUGCCAAAAAAGCCUGUUUUUCCUUUACAAGCAUCAUAUUAAUUUCAUUUUUAUUGUAGUAGAUGUUAUGCCAGUAUUCAAUAAAUAAUAAUCAAAAUAAUUAUAAAUACACAGUAAUAUAAUAAUAUAGAUAAUUCAAAGACAUACUGUAUAUUGUGGCAGAUGAGUAAAGCAUUGAUUAGACAAUACAAAAAUAAGUCAAUAUAUUGUUUGUUUUAUUACCAUAUCAUCGAACAUGAGCCAAACACUGGCCUCCAGUCCACAGCAAUCCAUUUAGCAAUUUUGGUUGUCAAAUUGUCCGAGGUAGACUUGAACUGUUUUCAUACACAGGAAGUGUUCUUGUGUUCCACAUGAGCUAUUUUUGCAUGUCUGUUCACAUUCGUCAGAUGGACACUUUUGGAUUGUCUCACUUUUUGUUAGGUCGUAAAUGCCACGUUUUAGGACAUUGUGCCAAGUUAAUUGUAAUUUGAAACUUUGAAAAACAUUUCUCGAGACCCCAGCAUUCUGCUCCGUUCAGCAUUGCCUGCACAGCUGGAGUUGCACUGAGUGCCCUCUGCUGACUACAACUCACAAAAAACAUGAAUGUGGGACUUGAAGCUUGAAUUUGAAAAUUCCUUAUUACAGAAUUUAUCUACGGUCAGCGUGCAGGUUGUUUACUUCCAGGGGUUAAUGCGCCAGCCAAGCAACUGCCAUUAAGAUGAAUGUGAAAGCUAAUGGAUAGCUUUCUCCAGGUAUAAUAGACCAAACAGAGCAAGACAGUGCAGAUCCACAUUAAAUAGUGGCAGAGGACAUCAAGGACAAAUCAACUCAGACUUUUAGUGGCACUGAGCAAAGAGAACUCACAUAGACAUAAUACAAAUCAAGCAGCCACACAUAGAACUAAUAUUUCUGCUUAUUCAUAAUAAAAAGCAUACAAAAAGAAUAAUUCCUUAACUUUUAGUGUGUACUUUAAUUCCACCUUUUAGUGUGUACUUUGAUUGACUGACACUAGGGGUCAAUCUCUCUCUCCCAACUCAUAUUGACUGCAAGAUGUUAGUGUGUGUUUUUCUGAAUGCAGUAAACUGUUUUGCAGAUCUAAAAUAUGAAAUGAUCAAUUUGAUAUGAGUCUCUUGAAAACCAGUGAGUUUCCGUGGCUCUGAUUUGAUUUUGCAUCUGAAAACAACUCCACUUGAAUUCUGAUAUACAGUUUUUCUGUGAAGGUUGGAUCAGGCAAAAACACAGUUGCAUAACUGUGAGAAGACACCAUAUGUUUAGUAUGCACCCGUGUAAUCCCCACAAAAUGCAUGGUAAAAGGCCAAAAAACAUUUGUCAUAUAUUAUUUUCCAUCUGCCUCUAAAUAAUAACAGUAUUUCCUGCAUACUCCUUAAAUACGUACUUGAAUUGUCUUGUGUACCCUGAUUAAAAUUCCAAGAGAAAAUGAAUAAACAGAAUUUGGCCCCAAGAGGUUUUAAAUGUUUUAGUGAAUUUAGCAAUUUGAAGAAAAAAAAAAAAAAUGUAAAUGUCUUAUUUGAUGAACAUAUUCACUGUUUUGUUCUAUUCAGUGCUGUUUUGUCAUUUUUUACAGAUGCAUAGAAAUACAAUGCUUAAAAGCCUUUUUUCACCCCACACACUACAAUAUAAUAAGUGGUAGUAAUGGGAUAACUAGAUAAUGAAAUUGACACCAGCUCUAUUAAGAACCUAGAAUCUUGACAUAUUGUGGAGCAAGCACUUUAAUGCUUUACGCACCCUCUUCAUACUCUCCCCGUCUACUAGUGACAAAUGUGGCACGUCCUGCGUACCUCAGGGUCUGUCAGUACAGUUCACCAUGUGCUUUCACACUGAACACUCAUCUCCAGUUUAAAGUCUCCCACAAAUGUCUCCCAUACUGCUUCAACUGUGGCCAUAAUUACAAGUCAGAUCUAUGGAAGCUCAUCCACCCCUGUCAUCCAACAGCUUCAGAGGCAUCUCACUAAUAAAACCAGCUGGAGAAUUAAUGAGCCUUUACUUUCUCUCCCCGGUUGUUGGUGUCACACUGUGGCUUUCACAGUGCUUACUAAAAGCAUGUAUAACCCCCAUCCUCAUCCAAGUUUUCACUGGGAAAGUGCUAAGGCAUCCAUAAAAGGGUAAGGUCUAUUCUGU